UUGAUCAGGUUCGCCGCUAAGAGGUUUAGGAAGGCACAGUGCCCCAUUGUUGAGAGGCUGGUCAACUCCCUCAUGAUGCACGGCAGGAACAACGGUAAGAAACUUAUGACCGUGAGGAUUGUCAAGCACAGCUUUGAGAUCAUCCAUCUCCUAACCGGAGAAAACCCUCUUCAGAUCCUUGUUAAUGCUAUCAUCAACUCCGGACCCCGUGAGGAUUCUACCCGUAUUGGUAGACAGGGAACAGUCAGGAGACAAGCUGUUGAUGUUUCUCCUCUUCGUAGGGUUAACCAG